UAAAAGGUAGGCCCCAGUGAGUGCAUUGCCCCUUUAAAUGGAUUGCCCCUUUAAGAGGAAGUGUCCCGAUUAGCGUGAGCAAAUGAACAAACGCUUCAGAUUCCGUACUCUUAUAAAGUGUCUGAGCCGCUGUGAGGAAUGGUUGCUGCUUGAUUGCCUGUUUGUUUCAUCGUCAGAGUUCUUCCUAAUAAGGUGAGCAAUCGAUGUUGUUUUCUUUUGUGUUCAGGUAGAAAGAAGUAUUGUUUUAUGGGGCUUUUCUCUUCCAUAGGCUGUGUUUAUCCUUCAUGUGCAAGUGUUGUGGAUUUAAUAAGAGGUAAGGGAGGAUAAUUUUCCCCGUGUGGUAUUUGGUUGCUAUCCUGCUUUUUAAUCUGUAAUAGUUUGGUUUUAGGGUGAUCAGAUUUGCUCUUUGGCAGCUGGACUGUGGAUGUGCUGUUUGUUUGCCAUUUGAGUAUGGUAUUGUGCAGGCCUGGUUAAACGGAGGGGUUCGUAGGGUUUUAUUUAAUAAAUAAUGCUAAACGUGUGUUUUUAGUAAUAUUAUGUGAUUAUGCAGUUCUAAUGUUUUAUUUUGUUUUAUUUUUUUAGGAACUGCAUUUGGUCACUGCUGUCCUUCUUUACCCUUUAUUUUUGGGUUUUGUGAUUUAAUGUUUGUUUGGUUUUCUUUAUUUAAGGCCUCCAUCACGUUGUAUGGAUGCUGUGUUUACGUUAGCUGAUUGUUAAAAAGACUAUAGGGGGACUGUUUGCAGAGAUUUUACUGUGUGAUAACCAACUGAUUUUGUGUAUUUGUUCCUUUCCAGUGGAUCAUCUGGGAGCACUGGUUGGAUUGUGGGUGUUGGUCCUUUGAUGGUGGAAUCUGUGCUACGAUUUACACUGCAUGCUGUGUGAAUUUUGUGAAUUUACGGUGUGCGGCACUUUGCGUGUGUGUGUGUGUGUGUGUGUGUGUGUGUGUGUGUGUGUGUGUGUGUGUGUGUGCGUGCGUGUGCGUGUGUGUGUUGAUGUGUUUUUCUUUACAGGCACUAUUUUGGGUGAACCUUUUGGGGUUAAAGUGGGCCUGCACCCGUGGCUCGUCAGUCUUCCUUUGUAUCCAUUGGAAUGUCUGGUGUUAAUUGGUAAUUGUAACAGUUGGUAUCCUUUUAAUGAUUCAUGUUGCAGUCUUAAAUAAAAUAAGGUACUAAUAAUAAAGGUUUAUAUUUUAACUGGUUUUGGAUGUGUUGAGGAGGUUAAUAAAAUUCAACACUAAAAUAAGAAAUCUGUCUCUGUUCCUUUUUAUUUGGUACACACUGAACCUGUUUAAUUUAAAUUGGUAUUUCCCAUGGGUAGAUCCCAGGGUGGCGUAGUCGAGGAAUAAGUACAUAUUAGGGUCUUUUGAGCCCCUCACGCUACAAUCUGGCGUAGUCGGCAGGGCGUGUAUAAACAGAGACAUUUUUCUUUUUUUUUGUCCCCCUGUAGUUCUUUUUUGGUUGUUGUGUUUUUCUUUUCUUUUUUUGUUUAGAAGGACAGCGGUGUAUCAAACUUCGCUAUUCAACAAGCAUCGUAAGAGGCUUUUGGUGGACACGAUUUUCUGGUCUUCAUUAAGAUGGACAACGAGCUGCAGGAGCUUCGAGACUUGGUGAUCCAAUUAAGAGCAGAAAAUGAGAGACUUGUACGUGAACGGACUGAGGUGACAUUAGUACCUUCAUCAGGGGCCUCUGGUUCUAACAACCCUGGUUCACAUAAUAAUGUUACCCCAACAACGGGGGCUGAACGUCUUUUAUAUGUGCCACGAGAGAGAAAAUGUCCCUUGUUCCGUGGUAAUGUAGGGCUCAAUAUUGUUGAAUGGAUUGAAGAGGUACGUGCAAGUAUUCGGGCUCGACAUUUAGCCCCAAUAGAUCAAGCUUAUUUUAUUUAUGAUCAUUUGGAGGGAGAAGCUAAAAAUGAAAUAAGGUAUAGAUCUAAGGAAGAGCGGGAAGAUCCUGAAAAGAUUUUGUCCAUUUUGCAAGAACUAUAUGGUUGUUCUCAAUCUUAUGUUGCCUUACAGGAGGACUUUUUCUCUAGGAAGCAGCUAGAGGGAGAGUCCUUACAAGAGUAUUCACAUGCCCUGUUUAGUUUAAUGGAAAGAGUGGUUAAGUGUGCACCUAAUGGACUGCCUAAUUCUGCUGUUUUACUUAGAGAUCAGUUUGUUGAACAUGUUAAUGAUCCUAAUCUUCGCAGGACUUUGAAGCAGACGGUCCGAGCGAAACCAGGUUGCACACUACUUGAUGUAAGGGCUGAAGCAAUUCGAUGGGAACGGGAAGGUAGACCUAUUAUUGAUAGGGCUAGGAGUCAUUCUGUUCCAUCCAUUUGUGCCAUACAGACUUUUAAGGAUAAUAGUGGACAGCAGCAGCCCUCUAUCCAGAUAUCUGAAUUAGCAGAAUUGAAAGAGAUAAUGCUGAAACAACAGCAACAGCUUAAUGAACUUUCUGAACGUUUUAUGUCUUUGCAGCAACCCCGUACACACACUUCAUUGUCACGUAAUGCCCCAAUAAUAUGUAGACGUUGUCAGCAGCCGGGCCAUUUCGCUAGUAGUUGUGAUAAUGAGCGUGUUUUGCAGGCUCGGCACCAUCAGCCUCGUGUGCAGCCUCGCCCGCCACAGAAUGUGGCUCCCAAUCAGCCGACGGAAAACUAACACCCUCUGUUUUGCAGAGCCACAGAGCAGAAGGGGAUAUUACUGGCUCAAGGUUGCCCAGUCCUUGGAUCAUCUGGGAGCACUGGUUGGAUUGUGGGUGUUGGUCCUUUGAUGGUGGAAUCUGUGCUACGAUUUACACUGCAUGCUGUGUGAAUUUUGUGAAUUUACGGUGUGCGGCACUUUGCGUGUGUGUGUGUGUGUGUGUGUGUGUGUGUGCGUGCGUGUGCGUGUGUGUGUUGAUGUGUUUUUCUUUACAGGCACUAUUUUGGGUGAACCUUUUGGGGUUAAAGUGGGCCUGCACCCGUGGCUCGUCAGUCUUCCUUUGUAUCCAUUGGAAUGUCUGGUGUUAAUUGGUAAUUGUAACAGUUGGUAUCCUUUUAAUGAUUCAUGUUGCAGUCUUAAAUAAAAUAAGGUACUAAUAAUAAAGGUUUAUAUUUUAACUGGUUUUGGAUGUGUUGAGGAGGUUAAUAAAAUUCAACACUAAAAUAAGAAAUCUGUCUCUGUUCCUUUUUAUUUGGUACACACUGAACCUGUUUAAUUUAAAUUGGUAUUUCCCAUGGGUAGAUCCCAGGGUGGCGUAGUCGAGGAAUAAGUACAUAUUAGGGU